GCUCCCACCAAACCAAAAGAAUCUAAAGCACCCUCUUCUUCUUCUUCUUCUUCCUGCAGACCCUCGUCUAUAUUUCUUAAAAAAGGCCGGAAAACUUCGCCGGAAAUUCCACUUUCUCACUUCGUACCAGUAGAUCUCCGGAGAGUUUGUGCCAUGUAUGGCAUAAGCAUGAAUGUUCAAAGUUACAAUCCAAUUUAAGUUGAGAGGGGAUCCUUCAUUACAUGAUAAAGAAUGGCUCUUUCAGAAUCACAGAGAAUAGCCUAUGGUGGCACAAAAUCGGGUUCGAAUGCACAGCCUCAUCGAUCACCAUCACCACCUGAGGAUUUUCUAACAGAUCUUUCUGCCUCAUUGUCAUUGAGUAAACAGAAUUCCAUUUUUUCCCUCACACUCGGUGAAAUUCAACUCAAGAGUGGGAAGAGUGUUGGGUCCAUGAACAUGGAUGAGUUCCUAGCCAACUUGUGGAAUAAUGUUGAGGAAAAUCAGGUUUCAUCCCAUCCCAACCAGAACCAAAAUGAAACCAUCAAUGAGAAAUUAGACUCAGCUAAUCAACCCACUUUAGCACACCAAGGCUCAUUUUCUAUCCCUACUCCCCUCUGCAAGAAAACUGUGGAUGAAGUAUGGUUUGAAAUACAGAAAGAUCUACCACAAGGCCACAAAGCGAAUAACAUUAUUAGUGAUCAACAUGAACCACAGAGACAACAUACUUUUGGGGAGAUGACAUUGGAAGAUUUUCUUGUGAAAGCUGGGAUUGUUCAGGAACAAUCACAUUCUUCUCAGCAAAGGAAGGUGAUUCCUCCUCAGAACAACAAUUCAAGUUUGGAUGCAAACUUUUCAAUGGGGCAUGUGAUGGGAUCUUCUCAACAAAACAUAAACUUGGUGCCACCUCUUCAAAAUAGCAAUGUGAAUUUGGAUGCUAGCUUUGGACUGGGAAAUGUGCUAGGGAUGGCGUUCCCUACUCACCAAAAUGCAGGCAACAGUUUCAGUACUGCCAAUGGUUAUGCAACAACAUACCCAAUGUUCCCACAGAACAGAAGUUUAUUUGGAGAGUCAUCUACCAAUGCUGAAAAUGGGAACACUGCUCAGUGUUUGCUAGAGUCUGUUGCAGUGCCGAACAAAAGGAGAAUUAUAGAUGGCCCCCCCGAGGUGGUUGUAGAAAGGAGACAACGUCGAAUGAUAAAGAAUCGGGAGUCUGCAGCAAGAUCUCGGGCAAGGAAACAGGCCUAUACUGUAGAGUUGGAGCUGGAGUUGAAUCAACUUAGAGAGGAAAACGAAAAGUUGAAGCAACUUCUGGAGGAAAACGAACAAAAGCGAAAGCAAGAGGUUCUGAAAAGGAAGCAAUUAGCACCUGCACAAAAGAAGGUUGUUGACAAGUUAAGGAUGGUAAGGAGGACUGUUAGCUUGGAAUGGUGAAGCAGAAUAGCAGAAGAUACAGAGAAGAUACAUAAUUAAUUAUGUAAUAUCUCCAAGACUAAAUAUUAGUGUCGUCAAGUGUGUGUGUAUAUAUAUAUAUAUAUUUGAACAUUAGAGUGGUUUAAGUAGGUCUCUCAAAUAGUUUUUGUAAAAUAAAUAAAUUCUGGUGUGUAAUAAGAUCGUCAUUAUGUU